GUUUCAGAGGGAGAUGCGGGGCAGCGGGGUAGUUUAGGUACUACUAGCCCUACAACUGCUACUCUUACUACUUCUACUCGCCGUGGAUCAUCAGGUACACCGGAGCUGUCCGAUUUCCCUUGUUCUUAGUUUUCUCCAUAUACAUCCAUCCUAGUAGUCCUCAAGGUUCUCUCUUCUCCGGUUCGGUUCUUGAUAAAGACGCUGGAUUGCAUACGGAGGUACUUCGCGUCAAGGAAAAUGGCACUACAAGGAACCCGGGAGGCUAGCCACGCUGAUAGCUGGUACGAUGGGGAUCCCGAUGUCCUGUCUAGCCAGCUAGAUCGGUUCCUUAGUGAAGUGCCAAACACCAUCGACGAAAAUGGCCUCCCGAUUCCUGGUGCUAAGGUUGUGAUUGCGCCGCACGCAGGCUACUCCUACUCAGGGCCUUGCGCAGCAUGGGCGUAUAAGACUCUAGAUCUUAGCAAAGCGAAACGCGUCUUCGUCCUCGGUCCCUCGCACACGUAUUACCUACGCGGAUGCGCCCUAACCAAGUUCGCCAAGUACGAGACGCCGUUCGGCGACCUCACCGUCGACGAAGUAAUCGUAAAGCAACUACGCGAAACGGGUAAAUUCCAGACCAUGCCCAACCGCGGCGACGUCGAUGAGCACUCGCUCGAGAUGCAUCUACCGUAUAUCUACAAGCGAAUCACUCAAACCUUCGCUUCCGAGUCUGAGGACCCGACCAUAGUGCCUAUCCUCAUCGGCGAUAACAACGGUGCGGAAGAGAAGGAUUUCGGAAGACUGUUAGCGCCGUAUCUAAAAGACCCCGAGAAUGCGUUUGUAGUCAGCUCCGAUUUUUGCCACUGGGGCUCACGGUUUAGUUAUACGGCGUAUGCGCCCGAGGGCAAGGUCGAGGAACUACAGUCUUUGAGUCGACGAACGCCGCGGCCGACGAAUCCACCGAUUCAUGAGAGUAUUAAGCAAGUCGAUCACUUGGCUAUGGAUGCCGUUGCAUCGGGUGAUCAUGAUAAGCUUGUGGAGAACUUGAGACAUACUAAGAAUACGGUUUGUGGACGACAUCCUAUUGGCGUUACGAUGGCGGCGCUGGAGGAGUUGGCUAGGGAGAAGCCGGAGGAGGGGAAGUAUAGGUUUAAGUUUGUGCAGUAUCAGCGUAGUAGUUUGGUGGAGGAUGUUACUGAUUCGAGUGUGAGCUAUGCGUCUGCCUACGCGAUUGUUUGAAUGGGAAUGGAUGGUGAAUGGUGGUUACUUGGGAUGGGUGAUGUAAUGAUAGAUGAGCUCGCGCUCCGUCGGGUCGGUACCCAGACAUAUCAAUGCUAGAUGAGUUAUGAGAUUUACAAUUUACGUCA